AAGAGAGAGACGGGCAGCAGUGGCCAGAUGGAGCCCUGUUUGUUUUGGAGUAGCUGACUGCUGCUGCUGCUGCUGCUGCUGAUAGCAGGACAGUCUAUUAACACUGGUCUUCUGUUGUAGCUGUGCUGCUCACUGUGGAGGCUCUCUAUGCAGCUCAAGGUCACGAGGAUCCAGCAGCAGCCUCAGGGAGCUGUCCCAUCUGGAUCUUGGGACCCGCAGAGGCAGGUGGACGUAACUUUCCCUAUCGUAGCUCCCAGACUAUAUGCAGACACUAUGGAAGGCUAUAGGACUCUGAAGAGGAUGUGAGGCCUGGACUACUGUCAGUACCUCCCACGACAGCGUCAGUUCUCCGAGCCUGAUCCUGUGCCGGAGUCCAGGGGAAUGGGCCCAGCCUCACUGCAGGAGGAGAGAGAGCUGGAGAAAGAGUCCAAGGAGGAGAUGGAGAGCUACCGCUGCCUUCUGCAGGCUGGCUCCCAGCUUGAGAGCACUCUGCAGCAGGUGACCGUCCCUGUGAGCAUGAAGGAGGUGGGAGGCUACAUAGAGAAACAGGUGGCAUAUCUGUCAGGGGGCCGUGGGGAAGACUCCAGUGUGAUCAUCACCCUCCCUGAAUGCUCAGCUUUCAGUGACAUUCCAGAGGAAGCUUUAGCCAAAGUCUUUACAUACCUCACGCUCAUCCCUCGAACAAGGCAACCUGGAGUCAAAUUUAUCAUCAUUCUAGACCGAAGACUGGAUACAUGGGCAUCUAUCAAAACUGCACUCGCCAGGAUAGCAGCUUCCUUUCCUGGGAACCUCCACCUGGUCUUGGUGCUUCGACCCACCAGCUUCUUCCACCGCACUGUUACUGACAUUGGCUUUCGCUUCAGCCAAGAGGACUUUAUGCUCAAGAUGCCAGUGGUGAUGCUGAGCUCUGUCACAGACUUGCUGCGCUACAUCAGUGAAAACCAGCUGACGUCAGAGUUUGGAGGCACUUUGGAUUACUGUCACAGUGACUGGAUUGUUUUACGAACGGCUAUUGAAAGUUUUGCUGUAACAGUGAAAGACAUCGCACAUAUGCUACAGGGCUUUGGCACUGAUCUGGCAGAGACAGAGCUGCCAGACAAAGGGAAGGCCAUUGAGUAUCUUCUUGAGUGUCAAACUGACAAGUACAGGAAACUCAAGGAUGCAAUCAGGUCGGUGUCAAAGGAGGGUCGUCAUCUUCUCUCCAGCCUGGAGACUUCUGGGAAGGAGGAUGACUCCCAGUGGGAUGUGAAGCUCGACUGGGAGACAGUACAGAGGCUUCUUGCCCAGCUCAGAGACAUGGAGUCAGCCUUUGAUGGCUUCUUUGAGAAACAUCAUCUGAAACUCCAUCAGUACAUGCAGUUGCUCAGAUAUGAACAAAGCUUUCAGGAGAUGGAGUUGUGUCUGGAGCAUCUGAUGGCUCAGGAGAGGGCGCUGUCUAUAUCCGUAGACACUCUGGCUCAAACAGAACAAGCUCUCAAAAGGCUGGACAGUCUGGAAUCUAAUGCACAGGAGGUGGUGGCUCGAGCUCAGAUCAUCAUCCUUCACGGACACCAGCUGUCAGCCAGUCACCACUACGCCAUAGCUCUCAUUAUGCAGCGCUGCAACGAGCUUCGCCACUACUGUGAUACACUCAAUGCUGCUCUCAAGACCAAACACUCUCGUCUUCUGCACACACACCAGCUGCUGCUUUGUCUUGGUCAGGCCCAAACCUGGUGUGAUGAUGGAGCAUAUAUGCUGGCCAAUCAGCUGGUAGAAAGGUUCCAGUCUAAGGAGGGGGCCCAGGCUGCCUUAAGGGACAUUGAGAAGUUCCUGGAGGGGGCUCCAUCUGUGCUGAGCUCAGGACCAGAGAUCUUGGCUAUUGAAUACGAGGCUGUCAUCACACCUCAGCUGCAGGCCCAUAUUGGGAAAACGUUUGAGAAGCAUGCAGCAGUGCAGCAGAUGAUCCAGAACCGACAGGCUUGUCUGAAAAAGCUGGCCGAUAAACAUGUCCGACCGAUCCAACUGGUGGCUCCCAGGCCAGAAAACCCACCACGCUCCAAGUCCCCGCUCUUCUCCCCCAAGCAUGGUGAUGGUUUGAAGUUCACAUUCGACAUCUCUCUGCCUGGGAAGAGAGCAUCCCGAAAGAGCCCCAACCCGAGAAAAAUAGAGGUGAUUCAUGACUACCAGGAGAGUCGGAGCUGUGUGUCAUAUGGUCUGGAGGGAGAGGACAGCCCAGAUCUCUUGAAGCGCCAUGUGAUGAGGGAACUCGUAGAAACUGAAAGAAUCUAUGUGGAAGAGCUGCUGUCAGUGCUGCUGGGUUACAGGGCUGAGAUGGACAACCCAGCUCUGUGGGGGCUUUUGCCCCCAAUCCUGCGCAGCAAGAGAGACAUCCUCUUUGGAAACAUGCCUGAGAUCUACAAUUUUCACAGCAGGGUCUUCCUUCAGGACCUGGAAGGAUGCCUGGAGGCUCCUGAAGGUGUGGGAGCUUGUUUUCUGGAGCGGAAAGAGAGUUUCCAAAUAUAUGAAUGCUACUGUCAGAAUAAGCCACGCUCUGAGGCGCUGUUGAGACAAUUCUCAGACUGCGCCUUCUUUCUGGAAUGUCAAAAAAAGCUGGAGCACAAACUGGGCCUGGAGUCCUACCUGUUGAAACCAGUCCAACGCCUCACCAAAUAUCAGCUGCUGCUUAAGGAGCUGCUAAAAUACAGUACAGAUUGUGAGGGGACUUCUGAACUGCAGGGGGCACUAACAGCCAUGCUGGACCUGCUCAAAUCAGUCAACGACUCCAUGCAUCAGAUAGCCAUCACUGGAUAUGAGGGUGACAUCUGCGAGCUGGGCCGCGUGUUGAUGCAGGGCUCGUUCAGCGUGUGGAUCAGCCAUAAGAAAGGUCCCACCCGCAUGAAGGAGCUGGCUCGCUUCAAGCCGAUGCAGAGACACCUCUUCUUGUACGAGAGAGCUCUGCUCUUCUGCAAGCGGAGGGAGGAGCAUGGAGACGGCUCCGACAAGACGCCCUCGUACAGCUUCAAGCACUGUCUCAAGAUGACUGCUGUGGGGAUCACAGAGAACGUCAAGGGAGAUGUGAAAAAGUUUGAGAUCUGGUACAGUGGCAGGGAGGAAGUGUAUGUGGUUCAGGCUCCUACAUUGGAGGUGAAGAUGGCCUGGCUCAAUGAGCUGCGCAGAAUCCUAACGAACCAGCAGAAGCUGCUUAGAGAUGAAGCAUAUCAACAUGGACAAAUGGUUGAACACAUGCAGCUUUCUCCAUCACUCUCUGAGAGCAAGCAGCAGAGGGCGUCAGUGAGCUCAGAAGACACAGAGUCGGGGAGGAGCAGUCCAGACCCCCAGCCUCACUCCCCUAAACACCAGCACAACCGCAGGAGUUGGCCCGGCGCUCAUCACUCGGUAGACAUCUGCGAGGGUCUGGAGGAGUGGUCUGGAGGUCGGGACGCUUUCCACCCAUCUGAUACAGAGGAGGAGGUUUUGGUGCAGCUGGCUCCAGGCAGAUACAGGGCUUUGGCCGACUGUCUUCAAAAUGGACCAGACAGCAUCACCAUCAAAUGCGGAGACGUCAUCCAACUGCAAUGUGAAGACAACAAGGGACGCUGGCUGGUGAAAAAUCUGAGUCGGCGACAAGAGGGCUUCAUAGCAGCUGCCAGCCUGCAGCUGAUUAUAGGAGACAGCAGCCGAGGACACUCCUCCAGACUAGGGGACCCAGGGAACCUGAAGGCGAGAAAGCUGAGCUCCCCGUAGAGAAGAAAGCACAGAAUGUGAAUCUAAUAUUUACCUGUGGAUGAUGAACAGACAGAAGGAACAGAUUGAGCCAUAGCUGUCUCAUAACUGAUGCACUAUCAGCCGCCCACUCCUCACUCCCUGGUGCCGUCUGCUUUCUUCAGCACAGUUCAGUCAUUAAAAAGAAAAAAAAAAGUGGGAAUCUACAGACCUGAUUUUUUUUUUUUCCCCUGGGUGUUGAUUGACAAUCCACUGGGCUGGUGUUUUCUGAUAGUGAAGGUGUGCAGUGGCACCAGCACAAAAGGCACAGGAACUGUUAAGCCCUCUUGGACAAUCAAUAGCUGAUCCCUGGAUCCUGAUUGGUCUUCCUCUUUUCUUAUUGGUGAUGAAUAUCUUCUCCUUCUGGCGCUCCAUCUGCAACACACAUAUAGUCAGGAUGUGAGGUUGCUGCUGCAGGAGCGGGUCAUUUCGCAAACUGUGGACAUUUUUCAACCCUUCUUCAUUCCAGCUAAAACUUGAGGUUACAGUAUCUCCGAGUGUGUGUGUGUGUGUGUUUGUUCCUGUUUGUCUCGUUGUGUGCUGGAUGGAUGCUUACCCAGGAUUUGCCUGAAACGUUUCUUAAAGCAGUGACUUUUCUACAUAUACGGUAUCAUUUUUAACAUUUAUUGUACCUCAGUGUUUCAUCUUUGUGUAGUUGUAGUAGUUGACAUUUUCCAUUGAACUACUUCAUUGUAUUUUUCUUACAUUUCAUUCCUUAAGGCAAAACUCUUCUUUACAGUCUAGGAAGUUAAAAUGCCAAAAUGUGCCAUGCCAUAAUGCCUUUUUUAUUCCUGCUCUUUUAGGGUCUCUUGUAUGUACUGUUUGCAAAAUCAAAAUACUCGUCUUGCUUUAACCUGACCUCACAAAUAUCCAACAGGCACUUUAUUAAGGUGGAAGGACAAAAUAGACAAAAAGCCACCUAUUGUCUACUGAAUGUGUUCUUUGCUUGCCGCUUUACCUCUCUCACUGUGCAUUUCCCCUUAUUCAUGCUGUUACUCCCUUUGUUUGUUCUUGAACGAUGUGUUGGGGAGGCAGGGGAGUCGUACCCCCCACAUGCAGUCUGCGGUUGACGUGUCAGCGAUGGUAAUGUAAGACAGAGGCCGACGUGAUGAAGAUUGAUGGCAAUGUAUUCCUCGGUGUGUGCCGUAAACAAAUCUGAGGCGCGUGCCACAGAGCACCAAACAUUGUCAUUCUCCUCAGGAUCUUUUGGGAGCCGACUGUCAGUCACAGCUUGGAGAAGGGAGGGCGAGGCAGAUUAGCAGAAACAGAAAGAGAGAGAUUAUGCUCUGUGUGCCCCUCCAUCACGGAGGCAGAUUGUUUCCUCCUCACCAUUACAGCUCAGUUAAUCUCGGGGUUCCGCAUUAAAAGGGAUCAUACAGCCAACAUGAAAUACACCCUCUGUGUCGAACGCUUAAUUAAAUAUUGAUUGCAGACUUAUAUGAAUUUACCACAUCAAAUCGAGGCCCCAGUCGGAGGGCUGCCUUUGAUACGCUGUGUUUGAUAUGGAAAUGAGUCUGGAAAGCAGCAGGGGCGGCUUUGCACUACUACCUAUGUUGUUAAUUUAUUUAUUUUGCUGUCAUUUUGUGACUUCACAUUGUGAGGUAUCGUGCAGCUCCAUAUGAAAUUACGUCUCCAUAUAUUUACAGGAGCUAUGCUUGACUGCACAAAAACAACCCCUUAAUUUUUGCCUUUUAGCUUAUACGACAAAAUUUGAUGUUUUCUUUAACUGAUAUCCAAAAUGCUGCAGAUUUUGCACAUAUUUUCCAGGUUGGAAAACAAAAAAAAAAAACCUGCUUGUAUCCUGAUGAGCCAAGUAGCCUAAACUUGUUGCUGAAUGUUUCUUUAAAAUGAAAAUGCAUGGCAACUGAGCAUCAAGCAGGUUUGUAUUGUUACACAGUGACUGUUCUAAACUGGCUUCUUUUUGUACAGCUUCAGUUCUGUAUUAAAUAAUCAAAUAAAAUAAACUAUUUAUUGCAAGAACUUUUGUUUUGGCAGUUGAAAUAAUUCAAUAGUUGGUGACAUGUUUGGCUCAAAGCUAAGGCUACUCUUUGUCAUACACCCUGCUUUAAUCCAUUGUUUCUGUAUUCUUGUUUUAAUGGAGGCCAACUUAUAUAAUAAAAUCGUGCGGACGUUU